GAAACGGUAUAAAUGGAGCUCCCAGGUGAAAUCCAGAACACUCACAUCCUCUGAGUGGUGUGUUUUGGAUCUGAAUGAUGGUGUUCCUAAUGACGUCCUCAGGGGCUCCACUGCUGCUCCUGUUCAUACAGGCCACCACUGGUCAUAGCUCAGUUCGGUCAGAUGUCAACACCACCUCUCCAACACAGGUGUCGACACCACCGCUUACCACCCCACCCGGCAUAGCAGACACUAUGUUCUCAACAAUGACAUCCGAUACAACAUCAGCAAUAGCCAAUAGUCAAGUCAGAUUGGUCAACGGUCCUAACUCCUGCUCUGGGAGAGUGGAGGUGUACCACAGUGGUAGCUGGGGGACGGUGUGUGAUGACUCGUGGGACUUGAGUGACGCCCAGGUGGUGUGUAGACAGCUGGGCUGUGGGGAAGCUCUGUCUGCACCACCUGAAGCCCGCUUCGGACAGGGGAACGGGACGAUCUGGCUGGAUGACGUUAUAUGUACAGGCAGCGAGUCUAAUCUCACAAGGUGCAGUCACAAUGGGUUUGGAUUACACAACUGUGGACAUCAUGAAGACGCUGGUGUCAUCUGUUCAGCUCCAUCAGGUGGCAGCCACACCACAGCAGCACCACCUAUCUACUGGAACACCACAACAGGAACAGCCCGACCAACCAACCAAACAACCACAUUGGCAGAUGCCCCGAUCAGAUUGGUCAACGGUCCUAACUCCUGCUCUGGGAGAGUGGAGGUCUACCACAGUGGUAGCUGGGGGACGGUGUGUGAUGACUCGUGGGACUUGAGUGACGCCCAGGUGGUGUGUAGACAGCUGGGCUGUGGGGAAGCUCUGUCUGCACCACCUGAAGCCCUCGGACAGGGGAACGGGACGAUCUGGCUGGAUGACGUUAUAUGUACAGGCAGCGAGUCUAAUCUCACAAGGUGCAGUCACAAUGGGUUUGGAUUACACAACUGUGGACAUCAUGAGGACGCUGGUGUCAUCUGUUCAGCUCCAUCAGGUGGCAGCCACACCACAGCAGCACCACCUAUCUACUGGAACACCACAACAGGAACAGCCCGACCAACCAACCAAACAACCACAUUGGCAGAUGCCCCGAUCAGAUUGGUCAACGGUCCUAACUCCUGCUCUGGGAGAGUGGAGGACCACAAUGGUAGCUGGGGGACAGUGUGUGAUGACUCGUGGGACUUGAGUGACGCCCAGGUGGUGUGUAGACAGCUGGGCUGUGGGAAGCUCUGUCUGCACCACCUGAAGCCCGCUUCGGACAGGGGAACGGGACGAUCUGGCUGGAUGACGCUCCUCCAUCAGGUGGGCAGCCACACCACAGCAGCACCACCUAUCUACUGGAACACCACAACAGGAACAGCCCGACCAACCAACCAAACAACCACAUUGGCAGAUGCCCCGAUCAGAUUGGUCAACGGUCCUAACUCCUGCUCUGGGAGAGUGGAGGUCUACCACAAUGGUAGCUGGGGGACAGUGUGUGAUGACUCGUGGGACUUGAGUGACGCCUAGGUGGUGUGUAGACAGCUGGGCUGUGGGGGAGCUCUGUCUGCACCACCUGAAGCCCGCUUCGGACAGGGGAACGGGACGAUCUGGCUGGAUGACGUUAUAUGUACAGGCAGCGAGUCUAAUCUCACAAGGUGCAGUCACAAUGGGUUUGGAUUACACAACUGUGGACAUCAUGAAGACGCUGGUGUCAUCUGUUCAGCUCCAUCAGGUGGCAGCCACACCACAGCAGCACCACCUAUCUACUGGAACACCACAACAGGAACAGCCCGACCAACCAACCAAACAACCACAUUGGCAGAUGCCCCGAUCAGAUUGGUCAACGGUCCUAACUCCUGCUCUGGGAGAGUGGAGGUCUACCACAAUGGUAGCUGGGGGACAGUGUGUGAUGACUCGUGGGACUUGAGUGACGCCCAGGUGGUGUGUAGACAGCUGGGCUGUGGGGAAGCUCUGUCUGCACCACCUGAAGCCCGCUUCGGACAGGGGAACGGGACGAUCUGGCUGGAUGACGUUAUAUGUACAGGCAGCGAGUCUAAUCUCACAAGGUGCAGUCACAAUGGGUUUGGAUUACACAACUGUGGACAUCAUGAAGACGCUGGUGUCAUCUGUUCAGCUCCAUCAGGUGGCAGCCACACCACAGCAGCACCACCUAUCUACUGGAACACCACAACAGGAACAGCCCGACCAACCAACCAAACAACCACAUUGGCAGAUGCCCCGAUCAGAUUGGUCAACGGUCCUAACUCCUGCUCUGGGAGAGUGGAGGUCUACCACAAUGGUAGCUGGGGAACAGUGUGUGAUGACUCGUGGGACUUGAGUGACGCCCAGGUGGUGUGUAGACAGCUGGGCUGUGGGGAAGCUCUGUCUGCACCACCUGAAGCCCGCUUCGGACAGGGGAACGGGACGAUCUGGCUGGAUGACGUUGUAUGUACAGGCAGCGAGUCUAAUCUCACAAGGUGCAGUCACAAUGGGUUUGGAUUACACAACUGUGGACAUCAUGAAGACGCUGGUGUCAUCUGUUCAGCUCCAUCAGGUGGCAGCCACACCACAGCAGCACCACCUAUCUACUGGAACACCACAACAGGAACAGCCCGACCAACCAACCAAACAACCACAUUGGCAGAUGCCCCGAUCAGAUUGGUCAACGGUCCUGACUCCUGCUCUGGGAGAGUGGAGGUCUACCACAAUGGUAGCUGGGGGACAGUGUGUGAUGACUCGUGGGACUUGAGUGACGCCCAGGUGGUGUGUAGACAGCUGGGCUGUGGGGAAGCUCUGUCUGCACCACCUGAAGCCCGCUUCGGACAGGGGAACGGGACGAUCUGGCUGGAUGACGUUAUAUGUUCAGGCAGCGAGUCUAAUCUCACAAGGUGCAGUCACAAUGGGUUUGGAUUACACAACUGUGGACAUCAUGAAGACGCUGGUGUCAUCUGUUCAGCUCCAUCAGGUGGCAGCCACACCACAGCAGCACCACCUAUCUACUGGAACACCACAACAGGAACAGCCCGACCAACCAACCAAACAACCACAUUGGCAGAUGCCCCGAUCAGAUUGGUCAACGGUCCUAACUCCUGCUCUGGGAGAGUGGAGGUCUACCACAGUGGUAGCUGGGGGACGGUGUGUGAUGACUCGUGGGACUUGAGUGACGCCCAGGUGGUGUGUAGACAGCUGGGCUGUGGGGAAGCUCUGUCUGCACCACCUGAAGCCCUUGGACAGGGGAACGGGACGAUCUGGCUGGAUGACGUUAUAUGUACAGGCAGCGAGUCUAAUCUCACAAGGUGCAGUCACAAUGGGUUUGGAUUACACAACUGUGGACAUCAUGAAGACGCUGGUGUCAUCUGUUCAGCUCCAUCAGGUGGCAGCCACACCACAGCAGCAGCACCUACCUACUGGAACACCACAACAGGAACAGCCCGACCAACCAACCAAACAACCACAUUGGCAGAUGCCCCGAUCAGAUUGGUCAACGGUCCUGACUCCUGCUCUGGGAGAGUGGAGGUCUACCACAAUGGUAGCUGGGGGACAGUGUGUGAUGACUCGUGGGACUUGAGUGACGCCCAGGUGGUGUGUAGACAGCUGGGCUGUGGGGAAGCUCUGUCUGCACCACCUGAAGCCCGUCGGACAGGGAACGGGACGAUCUGGCUGGAUGACGUUAUAUGUUCAGGCAGCGAGUCUAAUCUCACAAGGUGCAGUCACAAUGGGUUUGGAUUACACAACUGUGGACAUCAUGAAGACGCUGGUGUCAUCUGUUCAGCUCCAUCAGGUGGCAGCCACACCACAGCAGCACCACCUAUCUACUGGAACACCACAACAGGAACAGCCCGACCAACCAACCAAACAACCACAUUGGCAGAUGCCCCGAUCAGAUUGGUCAACGGUCCUAACUCCUGCUCUGGGAGAGUGGAGGUCUACCACAGUGGUAGCUGGGGGACGGUGUGUGAUGACUCGUGGGACUUGAGUGACGCCCAGGUGGUGUGUAGACAGCUGGGCUGUGGGGAAGCUCUGUCUGCACCACCUGAAGCCCGCUUCGGACAGGGGAACGGGACGAUCUGGCUGGAUGACGUUAUAUGUACAGGCAGCGAGUCUAAUCUCACAAGGUGCAGUCACAAUGAGUUUGGAUUACACAACUGUGGACAUCAUGAAGACGCUGGUGUCAUCUGUUCAGCUCCAUCAGGUGGCAGCCACACCACAGCAGCAGCACCUACCUACUGGAACACCACAACAGGAACAGCCCGACCAACCAACCAAACAACCACAUUGGCAGAUGCCCUGAUCAGAUUGGUCAACGGUCCUAACUCCUGCUCUGGGAGAGUGGAGGUCUACCACAGUGGUAGCUGGGGGACGGUGUGUGAUGACUCGUGGGACUUGAGUGACGCCCAGGUGGUGUGUAGACAGCUGGGCUGUGGGGAAGCUCUGUCUGCACCACCUGAAGCCCACUUCGGACAGGGGAAUGGACAGAUAUGGUUGGAUGAUGUUCUCUGUUCUGGAAGGGAGUCUUCUCUCACCCAGUGUGGCCACCUAGGGUUUGGGUCACACAACUGUAAUCAUGGUGAAGACGCGGGUGUUGUCUGUUCAGCUUCGUCAGGUGGCAGCAACACCACAGCAGCACCACCAAUCUACUGGAAUAAUACAACAGAGACACGAGGACCAAUCUACCCAACAACCACAUCGGUAGUUAACUCCACGCCAGGGUGGCAAGCUCUGUCAACAUCACCACCUUUCUACUGGAACACCACAACAGAAACAGCAGGACCAACAAUCCAAACAACCACAUUGGCUGGUAACACCACAGCAAUUACACCAAUGACAGCGUGGCAAGAUGCCCCGAUCAGAUUGGUCAACGGUCCUAACUCCUGCUCUGGGAGAGUGGAGGUCUACCACAGUGGUAGCUGGGGGACGGUGUGUGAUGACUCGUGGGACUUGAGUGACGCCCAGGUGGUGUGUAGACAGCUGGGCUGUGGGGAAGCUCUGUCUGCACCACCUGAAGCCCACUUCGGACAGGGGAACGGGACAAUAUGGAUGGAUGACGUUGGAUGUACAGGCAGCGAAUCUAAUCUCACAAGGUGCAGUCACAAUGGGUUUGGGAGACAUAACUGUAAUCAUGGUGAAGAUGCUGGUGUCGUCUGUUCAGACUCAGAGCGUCCUUCCAUCUCAGGCCCAGAGCUGGUGUGUGGGCGGAGCCUCCUAGAGGUGGGUCUCAGCCGGGCUGGUCUGGAGACUGCAGGUCUGAACGCGUUCUCUGCUCACCUGGCUGACCUCCGCUGCUCCUCCCAUCAGGAGGCUAACGGAACAGUGUGGUUCCAGGUGGAGCGCAGGGAGGGCAGCUGUGGAAACACGUUGACGACCAACAGCACCCAUGCCAUCUACUCCAACAGUUUAUUCAUCUACCAUGUGCACAAUGUCUCCUUCACCCGACCCGUGAGCAUACCUUUCUCCUGUGCCUAUCCGCUAGACACAGAGAGCAGCCUAGAUGUGGCCGUCGUACCCUACCUACCGGUGGAGGGUGGAGUUUCAGGUAUUGGCUCCAAGGCGUCAGCCUGCAUGUCUCUGUACCACAACUCCAACUACACAGAGCCUUACCCAGCGGGUCAGAGAGUCACUCUGCCACUGGGCUCCGCUCUGCAUGUGGGCGUGUCCGUCAAGGAGACGGAGACGGAGCGAUUUGUGGUUGUCCUGGACAACUGCUACGCCACUCAUUCCCCCAACCCUGACGACCCUAUGAGAUAUUUCAUCAUUCAGAACAAAUGUCCUAGUGAUCAUACCCAGGUCAGGGUGGAGGAGAGUGGCUCAUCACUCGAGGCUCGCUUCUCUGCGCUGCUGUUUCUGUUCCAGGGGGACUACCGGGACGUCUUCCUGCACUGCAGUCUCAGCCUGUGUGACCAGAGGACCUCCUCCUGCUCUCCAUUGUGUUCUAGGCGAAGGAGAUCCCGUUCCAUCUCCAGUUCCGUCCCCCUUAAUCCCGUCACCAUCGGUCCAAUCAGCUGGACUUGGAGUCUGGACUGAGCCUUGGGAGGUGCAGUAGUGAGUCGUUAGGGUAUCUGAUUCAAUGUCCUUCUACUUUUGAAUUUACUUUUUCAUGUAUCUCUCUGGCUGUGUUUUGUGACUAUUGUAUAUUGUCUUUGUGUUUCAUUGUUGCAAGAAGUAUCCAUACCCAGACAUUCAGCCCUCUUAGAGGUGUUUCCCUUUUUCUGCAGCCUUAAUGGCCCAGUCAAAAUUCUGUUUUUCCAGAUUUUUAAAAUCAUAUUGUACAACAGCUCAUGAAAUUAACACUGUAAAAGCGUGAAAAAAUGAUAUCACUGUUAUUUCCUGAUAGUUGCUGGUUGAAAAUACAAUCUACACAGAACCUUCUAAUCAGCAGGUUUGCAUUGGCGGGA